AUGGAAAAACGUAUCACGUUGAGAGAAUUGCAGCAACAUGUCUCAUAUGAGAGCUGCUGGGUUUCUUUGUACGGCAGGGUCUACGAUGUUUGUGUUUCCUGGCUUGGAUGCAGUUUGCGAGCUAACGAGGUGAAGAUCACCGGCUUUUUAGACGAUCAUCCGGGUGGCUCGUCCAUCCUGUUAAAUGUCGCGGGAAAAGAUGCGACAAAGGAGUAUGACCCAAUCCAUCCUCCAAGUAUCAUGGACGAGCACCUGUCAUCAUGUUGCCUUGGGGUGCUCGGGUGUGGCACUUUGGCUUCAAGGGACAAGGCUCCCGAGUCAGAACCAAGCAGAUCAGCUGCAGGAGACUCUGUAUCACAGGCACUCAACCUUCAUGAAAUUGAGACGUUGGCAAGGCAAAAAUUGCCUCAUAAAGCUUGGGCCUAUUAUCUCUCCGCAACAGAUGAUAAUCUGACCAAAAUGUGGAACAAUUCGGUCUAUCAAUCUAUCCUCUUGCGGCCGCGAGUCUUUAUCGACUGCUCUCAGUGUGACCUGAGCACGACUGUUCUCGGUCAUCAACUUGGGCUGCCGGUCUACGUAUCUCCAGCGGCGAUGGCACGAUUGGCUCAUCACUCGGGCGAGGCCGGAAUUGCCAAUGCAUGUGCAAAGUUCGGUGCCCUCCAGAUUAUCUCGCACAACGCAUCGUUAGACCCAGUUGACAUAAUACGUGACGCUAGAGAGGAUCAAGUCUUUGGCUGGCAGCUGUACUGUCUCAAGGACGUGCGGCAAAGUGAGCGACGAAUCCAGAAGAUCAAUCAGAUCAAGCGGAUCAAAUUCAUCGUUCUGACGCUUGAUGCUCCUUUCCCUGGGAAGCGCGAGGUCGAGGUGCGGUCCAAGAUGGACUUCUCGCAACCGAAUUCACCACCUCAAGUCUGGGGGACGGAUGCCUCGUUGACCUGGGAGAAGACUCUACGUUGGCUGCACAAGCAGACCGAUCUCCCGGUUGUUCUGAAAGGCGUGCAGACAUACGAGGACGCUAUUCUUGCCGCGCGAUACGCUCCGUAUAUCCGCGGAAUCAUUCUCUCCAACCAUGGCGGACGAGCGCUGGACACCGCGUCGACACCCAUCCACACCUUACUCGAGAUCCAUCAUCAUUGUCCGGAGGUAUUCACGAGAUUGGAUGUCAUGAUAGACGGGGGCAUCAAGCGAGGGACGGACAUUGUCAAGGCUCUUGCGCUGGGUGCCAAAGCUGUCGGUAUCGGUCGAGCGCCUCUCUGGGGACUGGCGGCCGGCGGUCCCGUCGGUGUGGAGAGAGUGUUGGAAAUUUUGUCCGAAGAAACAGCGACGGCAAUGCGAUUGCUGGGAGUAUCGAAUGUGAGCCAACUCUCGCGACAGCAUAUCAACGCGCGCGCUCUCGAGUUGGGGGGAUUCAGGAGUGCACCGGACACUGGUGAACGGAAUGGGUCCAGAUUGUAG